AUGAGGAACUCUCUUGCAGGAUGGCGCACUCUAAUAUUGAUAGCUCUGAUAAUUGCUUGCAGUCUAAAGACGUCUAGCUGCAAGCCAGUAGCCAGCUUUGGGGUUCCCCGAGCACAAGUAAUCAAUCGAUUUGGCAGAAGUCAAUCUUCAUUCGAGACGCUACGUGGAGGAAGCACUGCUCCCCAGUUUCCGGAUGAAGAGGAUGGCGAAGACGAAGAAGAGGAGGAAGAGGAUGAUGCAAAUGAAAUGGAGGAAGAAAAAGUAGAUUCGAAGACCUCAAUAUCAGCGAAACCAGUGAGAUUGUUGGUUCAAACAAAUUGGGGAAACCCUGUUAUAGAUUUGCAGGUGGAAUUGAAUGCAAAAAGAGAUCGGAAUGUGGCAUCCUUGAAAAAGUCACUUUCACGGUUACUUCCAGGCAGACCUCCCAUAGUUAGCCUUCAGCUGGUUUCAGAGGGUCGGGUGCUAGACGAUGAGAUGCUUGUUGAUGAACUAUUCGACGACGAAGAUGAGGACGAGGACGAAGAGGAAGAGGAAACAAGCAAAACACUUCUAUUGAAUUCUAUUCCACCCGUCGACCCGAAGUUCGCUCUAGAGCUGGUGCCAAAACUGAAGGCCCACAUGGAAGAUGACGAAGACACGUUAACGACAGAAGAGUUGCUUGAUGCAUAUUUCUUGAACCAAGUUGCCAUUGCUCGCAAUGGUCAGCUACUUGACAACCCCGAGGCUGGAUCUUCCACGGCGGUGUUAAAAUUUGAGAUGAAGGAGAAAGCCGAUGCAUUGCAAGAGCAACUAAAGGUUGACGUGCCAGAAGAAGUAUGGCAAAAAAGUCUGGAAUCAGUGCAAAGAAACCGUCAAACGGAAGAAUUCCGAGGACAACGGUAUCGAAGUGGGAAGGGUGGGGCAAGAACAAACUUGAAGAAGAGCAUCCAGCAUAAUCUGAAUAUUGAUUGGGGAGAGACAAUUCGUAACUUUCUUCUGUUCUUGUUUUUUGGAUACUUUGGAGGCAAGGCUACUAUUUCUCGCCGGCUGAUGCUUUUAUGCGCUCCAUUGUGCUUUAUUUUACAGGCUCGACCGGUGAAGAUAUUGGCAAAAGUUCUCUUUUAUAUGUUUCAUAAUCCCCCGGGAAUUGUGUUGAGUCUGUUGCCCGCACCACAACAAACCAUGUUGAGUAUGGAUGAAGACGAGGCAUACGUUGCACUUUAUGGCCAUCGGGAAACGGGGAAGGAAGGAUCAGAGAUGAACGAGUCGGAAGACUCGGACGACGGCAGGGAAGAAAACGAGGAAUAA